CACACUUCAACCUCAUCUGACGGUUAUUAUUAGCCCCCCCCACACACACAGAAAUAAAAUAUCUAACCUGGUCAAAUUAUUACAAACUCUUAGUCUCACAAAAGUCCACACACUGUAUAUUUCUAUAAGACAACAACUUGGGGACGGAAGCGACACCGCAAAAGUGAAGCAGGGCCACCGUAACCAUAUCGGAAAAGUCUAAUGGCACACAGUAGCACCUCCGCGAUCGAUACCAGAAGCGGCUUUUGCCGAUCAAAUUCAACUUUCUACAGCAAACGCAAGCCUAUUCCUCUCCCACCCAAACACUCCAUGGAUAUAACUACUUUCAUUUCCUCCCAGGCCCACAAUGGCAAAACAGCCUUCAUUGACGCAACCACUGGCCGCCACCUCAGUUUCUCCGACCUAUGGAAAGCAGUUGAUUCCGUCGCGAAUUGUUUAUGUGACAUGGGAAUUCGCAAAGGCCACGUUGUCCUUCUCCUUUCUCCAAACUCUAUAUUCUUCCCUAUUGUUUGUCUCUCUGUCAUGUCUCUUGGAGCGAUAAUCACCACUACUAACCCUCUCAACACUCCUCGUGAAAUCGCCAAACAGAUUGCCGACUCUAAACCUUUACUCGCUUUCACCACUCCACAACUCGUCCCCAAACUCACCGAGUCAAGCUCGAAUCUCCCUAUCGUGCUUAUAGACGACGAUGACCACAACUGCUCCGCCAAAAUUUUAACAACUUUAACCGAAAUGAUGACAAAAGAACCGAGUGAGAACCGAGUCAAGGAGCGAGUAAGCAUGGAUGACACGGCUACUUUACUCUACUCGUCAGGUACAACUGGGGCAAGCAAAGGCGUGGUCUCCUCUCACCGUAACUUAAUUGCUAUGGUUCAAACAAUCGUUGGACGUUUCAACGAAGACAGAGAGCAUAAAUUUAUAUGUACAGUCCCCAUGUUUCACAUCUACGGUCUAGCAGCUUUCGCGACGGGACUACUAGCGUCAGGAUCAACGAUCAUAGUUCUCUCGAAAUUCGAGAUACACGAAAUGUUAUCGACGAUAGAGAGAUAUCGUGCUACUGAUCUACCUCUGGUCCCGCCUAUACUGGUAGCAAUGAUCAACGGUGCUGAUCAGAUGAGGUUAAAGUAUGAUUUGAGUUCGUUGAAAACAGUUCUAUCUGGAGGGGCCCCACUCAGUAAGGAGGUUAUAGAGGGGUUUGCUGAGAAAUAUCCGACGGUGAGGAUUCUUCAGGGUUACGGGUUGACUGAAUCGACGGGUAUUGGUGCUUCAACAGAUACGUUAGAGGAGAGUAGAAGAUAUGGUACGGCGGGGCUGUUGUCGCCGAGCAUGGAGGCGAAGAUUGUGGAACCGGAGAACGGUAAAGCUUUGACGGUUAACCAUACCGGUGAACUUUGGCUUAGAGGUCCUUCUAUUAUGAAAGGCUACUUUAGUAAUGCUGAAGCUACAUCCUCAACUCUUGAUUCAGAAGGAUGGCUAAGAACGGGAGAUUUAUGCUACAUUGAUGAUGACGGAUUUGUUUUUGUGGUUGAUCGGUUGAAGGAGCUUAUUAAAUACAAGGGAUAUCAGGUUCCCCCUGCAGAGCUAGAGGCCUUGCUACUUACUCAUGCAGAAAUUUCUGAUGCUGCUGUCAUACCGUUUCCUGACAAGGAGGCUGGACAGGUUCCCAUGGCAUAUGUAGUAAGAAAGGCUGGAAGCAAUUUAUCAGAGAGUUCCGUGAUGGACUUUGUGGCAAGACAGGUGGCCCCAUACAAGAGAAUCCGAAGAGUCACAUUUAUUGCUGCCAUACCAAAGAAUCCAUCCGGCAAGAUUCUCAGGAAGGAUCUGAUAAAGCUUGCUACCUCUAAACUCUGAAUAGUUUGGGCUUGCUAUGACAUGUCUUUAGAACGAGAAGGAACUAUUGCAUCCAUAUGCAUCGUAUCACCAUUUUUGAGCCAUAAUAUAGCUUCUUAACUUUGUUUAUCUGUAUAAUUUGUAACUGUUUAAUGUUAAAUUCAAUAGACAUAAUUAAAAAGUCGCAACUUUAGCAA